AUUCUUCAUAUCCAAACUCAUAUCCGAACACGCCUGUCUCCUGCCGGUACACCUAUCGACAGCGUGAUCGCAUACGAUAGCACGAAGCUCCUCCAGAAGGUGAUACACCAGUACAACGAUGGCACUCUAUCAGAAUAAGGUCGCUGGCCUUCAAGGGAAAUGUUAUAUGCUCUUCAGGGUCCACACCGCCCUCUCCAUCCACUAACUCAACCGUAUAGCCCUCGGUCCUUCCCGUUCAUGCACUUCCCUCGAUCGGGCCGCGAUGCCCACUUUCCAGAAACCCUCAGACCAAAAGGGAUCUGUUGCAGCUCAUACGUAUCCGUCGUACCGUUUCCAGGAUCACAAAUAUGUCGAUACUGUUGAUGUGGUGGGAGAACAGUCACGAAGGACGUCGUCGC